UCUUUUGCCUUGCCCUCAGCUCCACGGUGAGCUGUCCACUUCAGCACCACAAGCCGAGCACAGGCAGCGGGGACGCGCUAAUGCCGCAAAGGAAGAACGAAGAGGAUCAAGCCACGGCUCAACAUCAGGACCCGGUUUACAAGAUUGCCGAACGCACGUCGAUUGCGGCUGGGGACGCCUGCGACUCCGUAGCCGAAGACUGGAGGAAAGACGACAGUCAUCAUGUAUGAUGCAGCAAGGGUGCCAUCUCCCAAGGAUGGUACAAACGGGGUGAGCAAGCCACUGGUCCCAGCGGCACGACCAGAGAUGGGGGCAACCACGGAAGCGACGGGCGCAACGCCGACUACAGCCCUACAAGCAAAAAGUGAAGAAGCACAGCCAGGUGAAGAAGAAGAAGAAGAGCCUAAAUCACAGCCAGUCUUGGUGAAAAAGCCACGGAGGGAGAUAUUGGACCAUGACAGGAAAAGGAGGGUAGAACUUAAAUGUAUGGAGCUCCAAGAGAUGAUGGAAGAACAAGGGUACACCGAGGAGGAGAUUCGACAGAAAGUCAGCACAUUCCGACAAAUGCUGAUGGACAAAGAGGGGGUCAUCACCAGAGAUGGAUCACAACCAGUGAUCAACCACACGCAUUACUACCCUGAGGAUGACGGCGAAUUGGCUGGUGAUGAAGAGGGAGACUACUAUGCCGAUGACUAUCAGAGUGACAACAGAGUCAAGAGGAAAUCAAGCAGCUCUCCAUCCCCUCGUCGAAAGAAAAGAAAGAAGAAGAAAUCUGGACGUCGGAGAAGUCGGUUUGGCAGCUCAUCACCGAGCCGCAAGGAGAAGAAGAAAAAGAGCGGCAAGAAACACAAGCGUGACAGGUCGCCAUCAGGCUCCAGCAAAAAGAGGAGGUACAGGUCGGGCAGCCCAAAGGACAAACAUAAAGACAAGAAUAAACAGAAAAAGAGGUCCCCCGCCGAGACCCCCAGAAGGAGCGCACAGCGCCAAGGCAGCUGCUACAGCAGCCGCAGCGCGUCUCUGUCAUCCACCGGGAGCACCUCCAAAUCUCCCAGCAGACACAAGAAGGGUGGAAAGAAGGCAGCGAGCGCUUCGCUAUCUCCGGGCCCCGACAGCCCCGCGGCUUGCCGUAAUGGCGACCCCACCCAGCGCGCUCACAAUUGCCACAAAAGCAGCAGCAGCAGCAGACUCAACCACACAGAGGGUGAUAAGGUGCAAGAUAAGCUCCGGAUAGCGGCCACCGGCUCGGCGAGCAUCCAGUCCACUUUACCCAAAGAGCAGAAGCUCCAUAGCGCCUCCAGCAGGAGCAAAUCGGUGCAGAUGUGCACCACAGGUGAAGGUGGAAGCGAGGACAGCUUGAGCACCAGGAGAGCCGCUCAGCGAGGACGCAAUAAGAGCUGCCACUCUCCUGCUCACAGCAGCGACUCGGCACGUUCGCACCAUAACCACACUCACAGAGGAGGGAGGAGCGGCGGCCAUCAGAGAAAGACGAAAAGCAGUCAUUCCUCCAAGCGUCACCAUCGCUCCGGUCGAGGUCAAGCGCACAACCGCAGCCCGUCGGCCUCGCCGGGCCGCCGCUCUCGCACGUCCAGCAGAAAGAAAGAAGUGUCGCGGAGCAAACAGAGACAUCGCAGCAGCUCUUGGAGCAGCGGACAUUCGUCGCUUGCGCACAGGGACCGAGGCGUCAGCAAGAUCAAAUCUCCUCACAACAGACAGAACACCUCCAGAGAGAGGGACAGCCCCAACCGCUGCGACAGCGACGCCGACAGCCGGGCCCGCCGCCGUUCUCGCAGUUACUCGCCCAUUCGCAAACGGAGGAGAGAUUCCCCCAGUUUCAUGGAGGCUCGCAGGAUUACCAGUGCUCGGAAACGUCCCAUCCCGUACUACCGGCCGAGCCCCUCGACGUCCAGCUACGACAGCAGCCCUUCGCGCUCCAGCCGCAGUCGCAGCUACAGCAGCUACAGUCCGAGUCGCAGCAGGAGUCGAAGCAGGAGCAGGAGUCGAAGCCGUAGUCGCAGCUGGAGUCGCAGUCGCAGUUGGAGUCGCAGUCGAUCUCGCAGUUAUUCCAGCCACAGCAGCUACGACAGUCCAGGCUUCUGAGGGUAACCUUGGGGGGGGGGGGUCAUGUCCAGAGUCCAAUUCCAUUUUACCCUUCUAUAAUGUGAUCGAAUCAUUUCCAAGUAUUUGGCCAAGGACUAAAAAAUUGAAAUAAAAACAUUGAAAUUGAGCACUAAAUUUAAGAAGCUUCAAAAACAAAUGCAUUUAGCUUUUCCCAAUUAUAGACAGUAUAUUUGUAAUUGCCUGCGACACACCCACCAUAAUGAAAAUCUGUUCAAAAUAACCACACAUUUAAUAGUUCUAUCCCUUUCUUUUAAAUUUCAAAUCCAUUGCUGUGGUGUUUAAAUAUUUCCCCCAAAUCAGUUCAUACAUCAAACUUAGAUUUGCUAGAGCCCUUGAACAAAUCUUGCUAUUUUCAGCAUGUUCUUUCACUUCUUUUAAAAAAAAAUAACCAAAAAUAAAUAGGUACUUUCAUAUAUAUAUAGAUACUGUAUGUAUACAUUAAAAAUAAGUGCCGAGUAUCCAACACAUGAUAUGAAAAAGCCACCAUUUAGCCCCCCCCCCCCCCCCCUAAAAUGAGCGGCAAGAUCAAUGAAAGAACAAAAGAGGACAAAAUAACUUUUUUUAUGCUUAAAAGUUACAUUUUAUGUUUGUCUGUAUAGAUUUCUUCUGGCUUUGUAAACUAUGCACUGUAUACUCCAUUAAGUUGCAAGAAUCCAGGUGACACACUAUAGCAUGGCCAAUCGGGAAGCCUUUUGUCAUGGGAUGGGAUGUGGCCCUAAUGAAUCUUUUAGGAUACUACUAUUAUGGUAUGCCAGCCAGCCGCAAGCAAGUUAGACAAAAUGUAUUUCAAGAUGUCGCUUUCCAUGUAAGUACCAAUGAGGCUGGCCUGGCACUGUACAGGAAAAACCUACUGCAAAACUUUCCAUGCACAUGUUUUGUGAGAUGACUAUUUAAUGUAUUUAUUUAUUUAUUGACAUUGAUUUAUUUAUGUAUUUAUUUAUUUAUUGGACUAUUUAUUAUUUGAAGUUAUCGAACCUGUUUUUAGCCGCAAAGCUGGUCGAAUCACACUUCGGCUGUUGUGAAAAUGGACUGUAUGCAUCCAUGUUGCUUAGGUGGAAGACUUCCACAUAAGCCGUCUGGCUGAAGAUGCACUCUUCUAUGUUAAAGAUUGUUCAAUUGAACCCCCCUCAUUAUUUCAUGGAGUGGUUCAAUACAUGACUAACAGUCUCCUUCCAAAGUCUACAUUCCAUUGUAUCGCACAUUUUACCCAUUUGGACAGUUACAUCCUCACAAAAAAUAGAAUUUUCAUGCUUUGGUGCAAAGUCCAGACCUCAACUCCAUUUUAAAAGCUGUUCAGCACCUGAGAAGUUGAAACGUACUCCACAUUUUCAUCAUUUGUCAUCCUUGGCAAAGUGUCCCAAUACUUUUGCCUAUAAAGCAUAAAAGCCAAGUUGAGCAGAGUCUUAGUCAGGAUCUGUCCUACCUGGUCCAUGUUCAUUUACAGAAGUAAAUCGAGUCAUUUACAGAAGUCAGGCUCCACCGCAAAGUCUUCCUCCCACUUUUUCAUGUCUUAUGUCAUCAACACUUUGUUCCCAUUCCGUGUAAAACCCCGAAUAAAAAAAAAAAGCCCGUCCUUAAUUUAUUCCAAAUAUAACACUGCCCCUUUUCAUCCAUUGACGCCUUCUUUGUAGUGUACAACUUCAUAUUCCUGACAAUAAAUUGAAACAAGUGGGCGACACAAA